AUGACUGCUACCAAGCCUACCUUCAUCUUCGUUCCCGGCGCGUGGCACUGCGCGACCAAGUUCGAGCCGGUGACUUCGAAGCUCGAGGCUCUCGGAUAUCCCACCAAGUCUGUUCAGCUCCCGUGCUAUGGUGCGGAGCCUCCGCUGUCAGACUUCCAGCCCGAUGUCGCGGCCAUUCGACAAGAGAUUGAGAAGAGCGUAGAUGCUGGCGAAGACGUUGUGCUCUUCAUGCAUAGCUAUGGCGGUAUCGUAGGCUGCGAAGCUUGCCGUGGGCUGGGCAAGGCAGCUCGGGGGAAGGAGGGCAAGGCUGGUGGCGUUGUAAGACUGGUAUUCUGCGCGGCCUUUAUGGUUCCAGAAGGAGUCUCACUAUUCGACAUGCUUCAAGGCAACCCUCUUCCUUGGUUCAUCGUGUCCGACGACAAGACAAAGGUUGACCCCGCACGCCCAGAAGAGAUCUUCUACAACGACAUGGACGAAGCCGCCAUCAAGGAGGCAAUCGCAGGACUCAAGCACCACAGCUACCAGACAUUCUACAGCAAGCUCACGUACCCUGCGUACAAGGAUAUACCAGUAACCUACAUCAAGUGUGAACUCGACAACGCGAUUCCUCAUCAAGGGCAACAGCAGAUGAUUGACACCGCUGGUGUAGAAGUAACCGUGGAGACGAUGCAAGCGAGUCACUCUCCGUUCUUGAGCAAGCCGGAUGAGGUCAUUGCUGCCUGUAGGAGAUCAGCAGGCGAGACUUUCUGA